AUGUUCAGACUGUUGACUGUGGUUAGAAGAUUCAGUAUAAGUAGAAGUUCGUUGAAUACCCCUAAAUCGUCCUGUGUGGCAGGGACCGUCUUGAACUUGAAGGUAAAAAAAGCUGGUGAUGAGCCUGUCGCUUUAGAAGAUAGCGACUAUCCAGAUUGGUUAUGGGAUUCGUUGGACAAGGGAAAGAAAGAUAAAACUUUGAAGAAGAAUGACUUUAUGAAAUGGAGAAGGAAGCAGUUGAACAAGGUCAACACCGCUAAGAUCAAAGAAAAGAAUUUCCUUUCUGAAUUGUAG